GCCGCCAUUUUCGACUUUGAGGGAUUUCCAUGUUCAUUUCGAUAAGGUUUAAGAUCUUUUAACGCCAUUUAAUCGCAUAUAUUAAAUCGAGAUGCCCCGUGAAAUUAUAACUCUGCAAAUUGGACAAUGUGGAAAUCAAAUUGGGAUGGAAUUCUGGAAGCAGCUUUGUGCUGAACACGGAAUACGACCAGAUGGAAUCCUUGAAGACUUUGCCACAGAUGGGACUGACAGAAAAGAUGUGUUUUUCUAUCAGGCUGAUGAUGAACACUAUAUUCCCAGAGCAGUUCUUUUGGAUUUAGAACCAAGGGUAAUAGAUGCAAUCACUUCUUCGCCGUAUGCCAAUUUGUACAACCCUGAAAACAUGUACACUUCAAAACAUGGUGGAGGUGCAGGCAACAAUUGGGCCAGUGGAUAUUCUCAGGCUGAACGACUUCAUGAAGAAACAUUUGAUAUUAUCGACAGAGAAGCUGAUGGCAGUGACAGUUUAGAGGGUUUUGUGAUGUGUCAUUCAAUAGCUGGUGGAACAGGAUCUGGAAUGGGCUCAUACCUCUUGGAAAAACUAAACGACAGGUUUCCAAAGAAGUUGAUUCAAACAUACUCAGUUUUUCCACAGCAAGAAGACAUCAGUGAAGUUGUAGUACAGCCAUAUAACUCCAUACUCACGCUCAAACGUCUUACACAAAAUGCAGAUUGUGUGGUUGUACUUGACAAUACAGCUCUAAACAGAAUAGCUGCAGACAGGCUUCACAUUCAGAAUCCCACAUUUUCUCAAGUGAAUCAACUGGUAUCCACAAUAAUGGCUACCAGUACAACGACUCUCAGAUAUCCAGGUUACAUGAACAAUGAUCUCAUUGGUUUGAUUGCAUCACUAAUUCCCACUCCACGGUUGCAUUUUCUGAUGACUGGUUACACUCCACUUACUACUGAUCAAAAGGUGGCUAACAUUCGUAAAACAACAGUGCUUGAUGUCAUGAGAAGAUUGUUACAGCCCAAAAAUGUAAUGGUAUCGACCCUGCGAGACCGAAAAAAUAACCACUGUUACAUCUCCAUUCUCAACAUCAUUCAGGGCGAGGUUGACCCCACACAGGUUCACAAGAGUCUUCAGCGUAUCCGGGAGAGAAAACUUGCAGAAUUUAUUCCAUGGGGACCUGCCAGUAUUCAGGUUGCCCUCUCUAGAAAGUCUCCAUACGUACAGACUGCACACAGAGUUAGCGGACUGAUGUUGGCGAACCACACCAGUAUAUCAACUGUCUUUGAGAAGAACUGCAGACUCUAUGAUAAACUUCGGAAGAGAGAAGCUUUCUUGGAAAAUUACAAAAAAGAGGAGAUAUUCAAGGACAACUUUGACGAGCUUGAUGCAUCAAGAGAGGUUGUGCAGCAGUUGAUUGAAGAAUAUCAAGCUGCCACAAGAGCUGGUUACAUUAUGUGGGGAACCCAACAACAGGUCAGUUACCCACUACACUAGCAAUAUUUCUUACACCUGUCGCAGUUUUGUUGCGUUACAAGUUGUGCUACGUGUGACACCCUCUGAAAUGAACGUUGCGUCACAACGUUUAAUUUUGUCGCAGGCGGCGUUGCAUAACGUAGAAUCAAGUUCGACUUUUCACAACGCUCACUACUGCAACGAAAACAUUGCGGGGCAUGUUUUCUUCAUUCCAGGGGUCGUCACUCUAGGAAACAUCUCUCGUAACUUGUCUCGCAACGGCGCCACAUAAAACGAGAUAAGUUGCAAGAACAAUUGCUUACUGUAACAGGGACAUUUCUUGUCAAGUCGUAAAAUCCUUAACACUAGGGGGAGUUCUCGAAGCCCCCUUUCUGUGCUAACCCAAGAGGUAUAAUUUUCUGCACUGAUAAAUGCGUUUGGAUUAACUUUGUUGUGACAUCCAGUAACAAAUUCUGUGAUUACCUCGCUCGCUGUAUUUUUCGUGGAAGGCUUAGCUCCCCAGUAUAUCUUCAAAAGAGAUAACGCCGUAAUCAUUUCGGGACCUU